GCUUCUUACCUCCUAUAACUCCUCCAGAAAAAUUCUUUCUUUCUCAGCUGAUGUUGGCCCCCCCUAGAGAGCUGUUCAAGAAGACCCCUCGGCAGAUUGCUUCAAUGGAUGUGGGGAACAUGGCCCAGUCAGUGGAUAUAAGUGGGCUUCAGCUGGCCUUAGCAGAACGUCAGUCUGAGCUGCCAACACAGAGCAAAGCCAGCUUCCCCAGCAUCCUCAGCGAUCCUGACCCAGAUUCUUCCAACUCCGGUUUUGACAGUUCUGUUGCCUCCCAGAUCACAGAAGCCUUAGUGAGUGGACCAAAACCUCCUAUAGAAAGUCACUUUCGCCCAGAGUUUAUUCGACCACCACCUCCGCUCCAUAUAUGUGAGGAUGAAUUGGCAUGGUUAAAUCCAAUAGAGCCAGACCACACAAUUCAGUGGGAUAAGUCAAUGUGUGUUAAGAACAGCACUGGAGUUGAGAUAAAAAGAAUUAUGGCAAAAGCUUUUAAAAGCCCCUUGACUUCCCCACAGCAGACACAGCUCCUUGGAGAACUGGAAAAGGACCCCAAGCUUGUUUACCAUAUUGGUCUCACUCCUGCCAAAUUGCCCGACCUGGUUGAAAACAAUCCUUUAGUAGCUAUAGAAAUGUUGCUGAAAUUGAUGCAGUCUAGUCAGAUAACAGAGUAUUUUUCUGUCUUGGUCAAUAUGGACAUGUCCUUACAUUCAAUGGAAGUUGUAAAUCGGCUUACGACUGCAGUUGAUCUCCCGCCUGAAUUUAUUCAUCUUUAUAUCUCCAAUUGUAUCUCCACCUGUGAACAGAUUAAAGACAAAUACAUGCAGAACCGCCUGGUACGUCUGGUUUGUGUGUUUCUUCAGUCUUUAAUCAGAAAUAAAAUUAUUAAUGUACAGGACUUGUUCAUAGAAGUGCAAGCAUUCUGCAUCGAGUUCAGUCGGAUACGAGAAGCAGCUGGCAUCUUCCGAUUGCUGAAGACACUAGAUACAGGGGAAAAUCCCUCAGAGACAAAGACAUCAAAAUAAAACCGCUGGGUCACUGGCAAAAAAAAAAACCCCUCCCAGUGUUCUAUACCAAUCAGUUGUAUAUUUAAACCUUAAAUCACUGGAUUAAUGAUGUGAUACAUUAUAAAUAGUGUUUUAUGCAUUUAAGCAAUAAAUAAUGCUUUUUCU